GAGUACUAACUAGGGGUGUACAUUAGUCGACAGUUUAUGCUAUAUUUUAUUUAAUUUAAUGUAAAGACGGAUUACAAAAAUCUAAGUGCAAUCUAUCCAAUUAAGCAAAAAGAAAAUAAUAACCCGCGUAAUGAAAUUUAUCGUUUUGUCGGUUAACCCGUUCAAACCGACCAUUUUUUUCUAAUUUUUUUUUUUAUUUUUACCUUCAAUUGUUAUAGUGUAACCCAAAGAUAAGUGAAGGCUACCAUCUUCAAUCUCAUGCACUACUCUUCACUAAUAUUAUAAUUAAUAAGAUAUUGAUUAUAUUUUAUGACUCUUUUUAUUGAUUACGUAGUCAUUACUAUAUUUUUUAUUUUGUCUAUCUACAGAUUUAUUUGAAAACAGUUGAAUAAAUGGCUACAAUAUAUACAACAAUUAAGGAUAUCACCCCAACUACAGAAAGUUGGAAGAUUGAAAUGAGAGUGUUAGAAAAAUUUGGAAAGCGGACAAGCAAGAGUUUACCACUCAAAUAUCAAAAGCUUAUGUUAGCAGAUAAAAAGGGUAAUGAUGUUGAAGCAGUAAUAUUUGGCACUGAAAUUGAUGCUAGAGAAAACACUUUGGAAGUGUUCCACACUUACUACAUCAGCAACGCUUAUGUAAAAGCAACAGCCCCACCUUUCGAUAAAAAGCGAGACUACAAAUAUUCUUGGACAUUGAACUCAAGAACAGAAAUCGAAGAAAUCCAAACAGAAGACAACCAGAUAUCAGCACCAAACUAUGAUUUCAUUCCGUUUAGCGACCUGCAUACACCUAAAGAAUUCAGCAAACCAAUAGGUAUUUACAAUUUGAUUUUUAUAUAUAUGUAUUCCUCAUUGACUAACUAUUUAAUAUUUCAAUUUAUUAGAUAUUUUGGCUAUUGCUCUCAAAAUGAACCUACCAAAAGAAGUCAACACUCCCUAUGGACUACAUACAAUUCAAGAGAUAUAUUUAAUUGAUGAAAGGUAAACUAUACAUUUAAUCUACCACUAUAAAUACACCCUUGUGUUCAUUUUUAUUGUGAUAUAUUAAAUACUAUUUAACAAAAUUUUUGGUAAUCCAUUUUUUUAUUUCUUUACAAAGUUGUAGCUUCAAACCAGUAUGUUUGACGAUGUGGGGGUAUAAAGUUCACGAUGAAUGCUUACAAAUAGCAGAAGUAAUCGAAGAAAGACCCAUAAUAUUGGGAUCAAAACUAAUUGUUCAAACCAAGAGAGGUUUGCAUUAAUUAAACUACUGAUAUUUAAAAGCGAAAAUUCAAAAAUUCAAUUAACACAUACAUUUUGAUUUAGGGAUGUCUCUAUCGUCACGCGACAUGAGUACCUUCAAAAUCAAUCCUCAACUCCUCGAAGCAGAAGCACUAAAGGAAUGGUAA